AUGGCGGAUAUUCAGAAGACUCCCUUCGUUAGGGACCUCGCAUCAAGCGACCGGAAAAUCCGCGACAAAGCCCUCGAAUCACUUUCAUUAUUCCUGCGCUCGCGCAAUGAUCUAAGCCUCCUUGACAUGGUCAAGCUCUGGAAGGGUCUCUUUUUUUGUGUCUACCACUCCGAUCGCCCGCUCACUCAACAGGCUCUUGCCCGCGCUCUCUCAUACUCUCUUGUCCCCACUCUUCCCCGCGCAACUUUACACCGCUUCCUGCGUGCUUUCUGGAUCACUAUCGGCCGGGACUGGCAUUCCAUUGACCGCAUGCGAUUGGAUAAGUACCUUUACUUGAUCCGUUGCUAUGUGAGCGUUGCAUUUGAGAUCUUCGUAAAGGGCCACAAGAACACAAAGGACGAUGGCAAGAAGCGCAAACGUGAAGACUCGACCAAGAAGGGCAAGGGGAAGAAGCAGAAGAAGGCCGCGGAGGAGCAAGUUGAUGAUAGCACCGAGAAAAAUGCCGAGCUGGAUGGACAAUGGGGUGAUCUCUCGGCUUAUAUUGAUAUAAUUGAGGAUGGACCUAUGUGUCCCCUUAACUUCGAUCCUGAUCAGCCCGAAGAGGAUCUUGAGAGCGAUUUUAUUCCUAUGCCGCAUGGUCCGGAUGGAUUGCGCUACCAUGUCGCUGAUAUUUGGAUCGAUGAGUUGGAGAAGGUGCUUGAGUUUGAGGGUGAAGAAGGUGAACGCAAGGUUCAGGGAGAUAUCCCCGUUGAGCUGCUGUUGCAACCAUUGGAGAAGUUGCGUGCUGAGAGUCCGUAUAAACCUGUGCGAACAAGGGCGUCAGAGGCGUUGGAUGACGACCGGUUAAUUGAGUGGGGUUGGAGAGUUCGUGUUGACCCUGAAGAGGAGGUCGAUAGCGAUGGCGAGUGGGGUGGUUUUGAUGAAUAG